CUCUGUUCUUGCGCAUUUAGUAGCAAAAACAGAGGAAACUAGAUAUAGCAUUAAAGAAAUGGGAGGAGCUUCUUUGCCUCCUGGGUUCCGAUUCCAUCCGACCGACGAGGAAUUGGUCGGAUACUACCUGCACAGGAAAGUUCAGCGGCUCGAGAUCGAGCUCGAAGUUGUCCCUGUCGUCGAUUUGUACAAAUUCGAUCCGUGGGAGCUACCAGAGAAGUCAUUCUUGCCGAAGCGGGACAUGGAAUGGUUCUUUUUCUGUCCCAGGGACCGAAAGUAUCCGAACGGAUCGAGAACAAACCGAGCCACCAGAGCUGGAUACUGGAAGGCUACCGGUAAAGACAGGAAGAUCGUGUGCCGAUCGGUCGGCGGCGUGACUGGCUACAGAAAGACUCUGGUUUUCUACAGGGGAAGGGCUCCGUUGGGCGACCGGACGGAUUGGGUAAUGCACGAGUAUCGUCUCGAAGACGAUCCGUCGACCAACUCUCAGGGGGCCUUUGCUCUGUGUCGGAUUGUGAAGAGGAAUGAAGAAAAGAAUAAAACUGCAUCUGCGAGCAAUUCGAGCAGGAUCAACUAUGGCGAUUCUGUUUCAUCAUCGUCAACAGCGAUAACCAAUGAGGCCAUGAUGAACAUGUCGAGCUUCGGGAGUUUUUCGGGUAGUCAGUAUUCUAGCCCCUUCGGUUCUCCACGUACUACAGAGCCAGUAGCGACGUCAGAGUCUGAGCAGUUGAUUUCAAUGGAGAGCAGCAAUCCAUCGACUCCAUGGGUUCUGUCACCUGAUUUGAUUCUCGACACUUCCAAGGAUCUUUCGAGAGGACAAGGAAGUGGAAGUGAAGUGUUUCCUCAAUGUGACUAUCCAAGCUCAUCAAUGGCGAUGCCAUGGCAGCAAGGUCAAGAUGGAUUGAAUGUUGCUGAUCCACAUUUUAAUCCCAUGGGAAACAUUGAACAUUUACAUGACGACCUCGGUCACAUUGGCUAUAGUAUGUCUCCUGGAGAUUACUCGAGUUUCUGGGGGAAUGCUGAGCCGGACAUGACUUCAUUCUAUGGAGAUCAUAGUUUUGAACAUUAUGGUGGGACGAAAUAA